GGACGGACCACUUCGAUGUUUUUGAAGCCGCUGCAGCGCACAGACUGAGCUCCGUCCAGAGCGCCACAGCUGCCCGAAGGAAAAGAUGGGAUCCGCAGGACACUUGAGCUUAGUGCUGCUGCUUGCAUUUCUGCUGGGGCUUCAUCACUCCUCAGGUUUCUGGAUCGUCAACGUUGUCUUUCCUCCCCCAGCCAAACCUAAAGUACCCAGCAACAGCACUCCUCCACUUAUUAUCGUACCGGGGAACCUGGGGAACCGUCUGGAAGCCAAAAUAGACAAGCCGUCGCUGGUCCACUGGCUGUGCUACAAGAAAACUGAGAAAUGGUUCCCACUGUGGAUCGACCUCAACAUGUUCAUACCCAUAGGUGUGGACUGCUGGAUCGAUAACAUCAGACUCGCUUACAACAGGACAACUCGGCGGUCAUCCAACUCACCCGGGGUGCAGGUGCGAGUGCCUGGAUUUGGGCAGACCUAUUCCAUUGAAUAUCUUGACUAUAACAGACUGGCUGGUUACUUUUACACCAUGGUGGAACAUCUGGUCAACGUGGGCUACAUCCGAAACGAGACCGUCCGCGGAGCACCGUAUGAUUGGAGAGUAGCUCCUAAUGAGAAUGCAGAGUACUUAGCAAAGCUGCAAAACCUGGUUGAGGAGAUGUACAACCAGUAUCAGGAGCCUGUCUACCUGCUGGGACACAGCAUGGGAUGCCACUAUGUCCUCUACUUCCUCAACCAGCAGCCUCAAGCCUGGAAGGACAAAUACAUCAGAGGCUUCAUUUCUCUAGGAGCGCCAUGGGGGGGUGCAGUAAAAGUACUCAGGGUCCUGGCUUCAGGAGUAAAUGAUGGCCUCUCGAUGAUUUCGAACCUAAAGAUUCGGGAGGAGCAGAGGAUGGUAACCACCAAUGCGUGGAUGCUUCCUGUAGAUGGCAUCUGGCCAAGUGACCACGUAUUCAUCUCCACGCCAACCUUUAACUACACUACAAAGGACUACCAACGGUUUUUCAAAGACAUUGAUAAUGAGGAAGGCUGGUAUAUGUUGGAGGACACCAAGAACCUCACUAGUGAUCUCCACCCUCCUGGUGUUGAGGUAUGGUGUAUGUAUGGCAUGGGCCUUCCAACUGCCAUAACAAACAUCUACGACGAGGUCUUUCCCAACGGGGACCCAGUGGACUUUGUUUAUGCCGAUGGAGACGGCACGGUGGACACGUUCAGCAUGAGUUUAUGCAAACGCUGGGAGGGGAAGCAGGAGAAGCCCGUCCAUAUCACAGAGUUCAGAGGGCUGUUCCAUCUGGAUAUGGUGUUUCACGAAAAGGUGCUCAACCAAAUCCAGGACAUCCUGGAGGGCAAAUCGGACACACCCACAGAGGUUGAUGUCAGAACUGACACUGAAUACAGGCGUUCAGGAGUUUGAAGCCAUUUACAGUGCUAGAGUCUCACAUAGGUGACUUUUGAGCCAGAUCAAACAUCAAGCUUAAAACAAAUAUCAGUACCGUCUCUUAUCUCAAGUAGGUACAACAGCUCAAAACCAAUCUGGACUUGGGGAGAAUCUAUCACUGAUCCCCCUCCCCCCCCCAGCAAAUAGUCCUGACCACUUUAUCUUAACUAAACGCUGCUGACUCAACAAUGUGGGUUUUAACCCUGACCUGAUUAUUACUAAACUGAGGUCAUGUGUUUAGUUACCUUACGUCUGAAA